AGUGUAUGGAGAGUGGAGACUAUGGGCUCUAAAGUCUAUGGUUAAAUCACCGUUUCAAUCCAUCCCAAAACGAUCGACUAUUUACACAUACACUCAAAUUGCGUGUAUCAAAACAGUAUACACGCACGUCCAGAUUAGCCUAGAGUAGUCGCAAAUCGGCAUACAUCUACAUACACCAAUAUGAGUGUCAACAUGGCUGAUGCGUUCGCGCAACCCCAACUUAAGAAGCAAAAUCUGGAGGGCUUAGUAAUUGAGGACUUAACACCACUCACACCUGAGGUCAUCUCGCGUCAGGCAACGAUAAACAUAGGCACAAUCGGACAUGUAGCACACGGAAAAUCCACACUCGUGAAGGCUAUCUCUGGUGUCCAGACAGUUCGAUUCAAAAAUGAAUUGGAGCGAAAUAUCACCAUUAAAUUGGGAUACGCGAAUGCUAAAAUCUACAAGUGUGACAAUUUACAAUGCCCACGACCGGACUGCUACACAUCCGCAAGCAGUAACCAAGCCGAUAGUUUCGAUUGUAAUCGUCCUGGAUGCAGUGGUAAAUACCAGGUGAUGCGUCACGUGUCCUUUGUAGAUUGCCCUGGUCACGAUAUUCUCAUGGCUACCAUGUUGAACGGUGCGGCCGUUAUGGACGCCGCACUGCUGCUUAUCGCUGGCAAUGAGUCAUGUCCUCAACCACAGACAUCAGAGCAUCUUGCAGCCAUUGAAAUUAUGAAGCUGGGUAGAGAGAAAUUGAUCGUCUUGCAAAAUAAGAUCGAUCUGGUGAGAGACACACAGGCGCGUGAACAGUACGAUCAGAUCCUGCAGUUUGUGCGUGGAACCUGUGCGGAGGGAGCGCCCAUCGUACCCAUAUCGGCACAGCUUAAAUUCAACAUCGAGUGCGUCUGCGAACAGAUCAUCAAGCGCAUUCCCAUCCCCACACGUCAGUUUACUGUCUCGCCACGACUGAUUAUCAUCCGAUCCUUCGAUGUCAACAAAGCGGGAUGUGAAGUGGAUGAUCUACAGGGUGGUGUGGCUGGAGGGUCUCUAGUACAGGGUGUACUAAAGAUCGGUAUGGAUAUUGAGGUCAGGCCCGGAAUUGUGUCCAAGGACAGUCAAGGAAGGGUACAAUGCCAACCUAUCAAGUCUACAAUUCUAUCACUGCACACAGAAACGAAUGCACUUCAAUACGCGAUCCCCGGUGGUUUAAUCGGUGUGGGAACAAAGAUCGAUCCUAUGCUGUGUCGUGCCGAUCGUAUGGUCGGUCAGGUGCUGGGAACAUCCGGUAACCUUCCGGAGAUAUAUACAGAGCUGGAAAUCAGAUACUAUCUGCUCAAGCGUCUGCUGGGUGUGCGUGCGGAGGGAGAGAAGAAGGCCACGAAGGUGGCUAAGCUUACGAAAGGAGAGGUACUGAUGGUCAACAUUGGGUCUCUAUCCACCGGUGGCCGUGUCACCGCCGUAAAGGCCGAUUUGGCGAAGAUUGUCCUCACACAGCCCGUGUGUACGGAAGCGGGAGAGAAGAUUGCCUUAAGUCGACGUGUUGAGAAGCAUUGGAGAUUGAUCGGUUGGGGACAAAUCAACAAGGGUACUGCUAUUAAUGUCGACUCGGAGUAGAAUUUAGACUGUUACAAUCUUAAGGAAUAGACAAGUAGACCGGACUGCAAACACUCUUGACGGGACAGUGCGCUGAAUAUCACAGCAGUGCUUGCCUCGGAGUCGCUGCUGUACAUUAGUAAGCGCGGGUGAAGGUACAGACUUCUACUCUUCGAAGGUCACGGAGAAACUAACCCAUGUCAGGUGAAUAAUAGCCCGGGUAUGGUCAGGUACCCCUUCCGGCAAAUUUAGAGACUAACUGGAGAUCGUUAGAUAGACCUUAGCUUGUAACCUUCGAAUAAAUGUUCCUAGCUCUCGGAGUAGAAGAUGCGAAAUUGCUG